UUCCCGUAGUUGGUCACGUGAUCAGAAUAGUCUAUAAGUACAAGUGCUGCAUCCGUCCGGGAGAAGAGAGCGGAGGAAGAUGGCUUCGACAAGUCGCGGAGAUGCUCUCAGUUUACCCAGAGUGACAUGUCCCAACCAUCCUGAUGCCAUCCUGGUGGAGGACUACCGCGCUGGGGACAUGAUUUGCCCCGAGUGUGGGCUUGUUGUAGGUGACCGGGUCAUUGAUGUGGGUUCAGAGUGGAGAACCUUCUCCAACGAGAAAGCUCAGAAAGAUCCAUCCAGAGUGGGAGACGCCCAGAACCCUCUGCUCAACGGAGGAGAUCUAACUACCAUGAUCGGCAAGGGAACCGGGUCUGCAAGCUUUGAUGAAUUUGGGAACUCCAAGUAUCAGAACCGGCGGACCAUGAGCAGCUCGGACCGGGCCAUGCUCCACGCCUUCAAAGAGAUCAGCACCAUGGCCGACCGCAUCAACCUGCCCCGGAACAUCGUAGACAGAACCAACAACUUAUUCAAGCAAGUUUAUGAGCAGAAGAGCCUGAAGGGCCGAGCCAACGACGCCAUCGCAUCCGCCUGCCUUUACAUCGCCUGCAGACAGGAAGGAGUCCCCAGAACCUUCAAAGAGAUCUGUGCCGUCUCCAGAAUCUCCAAGAAAGAGAUUGGUCGGUGCUUCAAGCUGAUCCUGAAGGCUCUGGAGACCAGCGUGGACCUCAUCACCACGGGGGACUUCAUGUCCCGGUUCUGCUCCAACCUGGGCCUGCCCAAGCAGGUUCAAAUGGCGGCCACCUUUAUUGCGAGGAAGGCCGUGGAGCUGGACUUGGUUCCGGGUCGAAGCCCCAUCUCCGUGGCGGCAGCAGCCAUCUACAUGGCGUCUCAGGCGUCUGCAGAGAAGAAGACUCAGAAAGAAAUUGGAGACAUUGCUGGAGUGGCGGACGUCACCAUCAGGCAGUCCUACAGGCUCAUCUACCCCCGCGCUGCUGAACUUUUCCCUCCCGACUUCAAGUUUGACACCCCCGUCGACAAGCUUCCCCAGCUGUGAGGAAGACCAACCUCCAACCUCUUCCUCCGUCUCUGGUUCUGCUUUUGAAUUUGUGAAGGUGGGAGGAUUUUUCAGCCAGGAAGGAUCCCUCGACAGAAUAAAGUGGACACACAUUCCAGACUGUUGUUUAGUAUUUCAGUUGUGUGUACAGACUGUACCAUGUGUAAAUGUCCCGGAGGGGGGGGGCCAUGCUCGCAGUUUUAGGCUGGUGUCAGACUCGACCCCUAAGACUGUUUUUGUAGAAAAGAAGCAGCUUCUAUUUUGUUUGAAUUAGUAAUUUAAGAUGACGAUUUUCAUGAAUCAUCUCGUGGUUUGAAUAACAAUAAACGGUUCUUUAUAAAAAAUAAAAAAAUCUUCAUCUUGUAAAGUUCUGCAAAUAUUCUGCUGAAAUGUUUCUGAAGGACGGUAAAAUGUUGACAAAUUUGUGAGCAACUUUGUCUUCAGCAUUACGUUUCUCACUGAUGGAUUCUUUACCCCAAAGACGUAACUCACACUUUCAGAUUCCUGUGUAUAACCAGAGGUUCAAAAUGUAAAAUCUUUUGAUAAAACUGGAAUUCUUA